AAGCAUUUGCCUCAAGAAGAACCUAAUGGACCUGAGCUUCCUCUCUCUCUCCUCUUCUCUUCUUCAUCUCUCUCCCACCAUGUUCUUCAUAUAUACAUGAAGCUUUAGAUAAGAAAUGGUGCCGCUGCUGAAAAUCUCUAGCUUCGAUUCUGUUUUGAGCUUGUAGAAACGUCCAUUUUUCAUCCAUAAGUUCGUGCACGAUAACUGGAAAUGUUGACUUGUAUUGCUCGUUCGAAGCAGUCAGGCGAUGAAUCGCAUACUCUUCCUGAAGAAUUGGAUCAGAACGGGAUUCCAGAUAACAAGCAAACUGUUAAAUCCCUCACUUCUCAGAUAAAAGGCAUGGCGCUGAAGGCAUCAGGAUCGUACAGGAGCUGCGCACCGUGCACGGGACCGGUGGCUCAACAACAGCAGGGAAAGGGAUUGAUCGAUUCAGAUUCUUUAUCGGCGUCAUCAGACCGGUUUCGCUGGUCGUAUAGGAGAACUACGAGUUCGAACUCCUCUUCAAAGCAAUGGGGGAAGGAGAUGGAGGCGCGGCUGAAAGGAAUCUCAGCGUGGAGCAGUGAGCGAACGGCAACCGUUUCAUCAAGCGGCCGUCGAGUUGACCCGGUGGUGUUUGUUGAGGAGAACGAGCCAAAGGAAUGGGUCGCUCAAGUUGAACCCGGUGUGCUAAUUACGUUUGUGUCCAUGCCGCGUGGAGGUAACGACCUUAAGCGAAUUCGAUUCAGUCGAGAGAUGUUCAACAAAUGGCAAGCUCAAAAAUGGUGGACAGAUAAUAAUGAGAAAGUAAUGGAACUUUACAAUGUCAAAAGGUUAAACAAACAAGCUUUUCCACUUCAAACCCCUCCUCCUAAAUCUGAAGAUCAUGAGAGUUCGAAAAUUGAACCAGUUAAUGGAUUAUUAAGCAAAUACAUUGCAAAAGAAACAUACCCAUUUGAGAAUCAUUUUGUUGAGUCUCAAACAUCUUCAUCACCAAAAAUAUCGAGCAUUAGUGGAACCAAGACAGACAUAUCAUCAUCAUCUUUAGAUGCAUCCAUGACAAGUACUUGUUCAUCAUCAAGAGAGGCAGAUAGGUAUGGUGAGGUAUCAAUCAGUACUGUAAGUGAUCUUGAAACAGAAUGGGUUGAAGAAGAUGAACCUGGGGUAUAUCUAACUAUCAAGCCACUUCCUGGUGGAAAAAGAGAACUUAAACGCGUUCGUUUCAGCCGCGAGAAAUUUGGGGAGAUUCAUGCUAGAUUGUGGUGGGAAGAGAACAGAGCUAGAGUGCACAAGCAAUACUUGUGAUUUGUGAAGUUCAUGGACUUACCAGUUACAGGUGGUGCCUUCAUUAUCUUAUCUUCUUAUUCAUGCAAAUUUUGAUCAUUUGCAAACCAUAAUAUAUAUUUAUUGAAAACAUUAUUAUUUGUUCUAUAUAUAACUAUUGAUGAAUUAUAUUCAAAGUGCUAAAUAAGUUUUUUUUUUUGUUAUA